AUGAGCCAUGAGAAAGGCGGCAUUUGGCCCUUCGCAGGUGAGACCAAGGGCACAUCCACAGUUAACAUUUACCAGCAGCAGCCGAAAUACAGAAGCGAGUACGGCCAGCUUCUCGAGGUGGACCCCACCAAUUUCCGACAGCUCAAAGACCUCAACAUUGGCAAAGGGUAUUUCGAGACGGCGUGUCCCCACCUGGCAGAGGAGGGUCGCCGCGAGCAGGGAAGCCAGCGUGAGACGAGCGAGACGAGUGCGGGCCCACGCUACCAAAAGGUCAGCGCUCCACUGAAGCGCGGCAUGAUUGUUGUGGUGCCAGCUGGGUAUCCAUUUGUGGCCGUGGCCUCUAAAAAUCAGAAUCUGCAGCUCCUCUGCUUCGAAAUCAAUCAGAAGAACAACGAAAUAUUCAGUCUUGCAGGGAGGAAGAAUGUGAUGAAAUACCUGGAGAAGGAGGCUAAGGAGCUGGCCUUUGGAAUUCCGGCAAGGGAAGUCGAGGAAGUGUUCAACAGCCAGGAAGAGGAAUUUUUCUUCAAGGGGCCCCGACAGGAGCGUGAAGGGCGUGCAGAGGCUUAA